AGCAGUCUUCUGCAGUUUCUGAUUGGACCGCAUUCAUGUCCAUGACUGCUCAAUGUUGUGAACUUGAAGCGGUUUGAUAAACAGAAAUCAAUCACGCGGCUGAUGUUUGUGAGUACAUAGAUAUACAGUACAUGUACGUAUUGGAACACAUACAUAAGCAGGUGUGCGCUGAAGGAUGAGUCGCUUUCUGAAUGUGUUGAGGAGCUGGCUGCUCAUGGUGUCAGUGAUCGCGGUGGGAAACACGGUGCAGAGCUUCAGAGAUCACAGCUUCCUGUCCGAGAAGCUCUACACAGGAACACCUGAUUAUGUAAACGGUCUUCAGGCGAGAACUUUUGGCAUAUGGACCCUCCUGUCCUCCAUCAUCCGCUGCGCCUGUGCCAUAGACAUUCAGAACAGAACGCUUUAUCAUAUCACCCUGUGGACAUUUGUUCUGGCGCUUGGCCACUUCCUGUCUGAAGCAUUUAUCUAUAAAACCGCUCCUCUGACCAUUGGAGUCAUGGCACCUCUGAUUGUAGCCAGUUUCUCUAUCGUGGGCAUGUUAAUUGGCUUCCAGUGUAUCGUUGAGCCUCAGGAAGUUGUGGGAGCUCGUCAGAAGAAGAGGAACUGAGUGAUACUCACAGCAUCACGGCUGAUGCCUUCGGCGCGGGACGGAAGUCGAUGGGAAGAGCACCGUCACAGUGUUUUCUGAUGGCUCACUGCUUUACAUGUCUGUCCUCAUAUCAACUGCUUGGCAGAACAUAUGAGGUCCAAACGACCUUUUUACCGCUUUAGAAUCAGUGUAAUAUUAAAAUAAUAAUAAUUUUAUAUGGUUUUGUUGUCCAAAAGCAAUUACAGUACCGGUACUUUUGUGUUAUUUUUAGCUGAGAUGCACAAACCAGAGCCUGCAGGUCCACUGAAACCUGCCAUUGAAGAAUAUCUUCAUUUCUACUUGAUAUUUUUGUUUUAACUUCUUGUUUUGUUUCUAAAUGGAAAUAUUGUUAUUUUUUUCUUAAUCUAAAAAUAUAUAUUGAUGUUUAGAUUUUUGUGUAUUUACAUUUUAAAAAGAAUAUCAAUCAAUGUUGAUUUUUGGCCCUUUGUAUUAAAAAGUCUGGGCACUACUGUUUUUGAAUGAUAGUGCAGUGAUGGAAACUGUGAAAUAACACAAUUGUAAGUCUGAAAACCUGACACAUUUGAGCUGCUUCUUUGUCUGGAUUAUAGCUCUGGGCUCCUGAGGAAAAUUUUGUAUUUACAUUUAUAUUUGUUUACAUAAUGAAUGUCAAGCAUUCAAGCAAAAGCCUUUAAAUGAAAGGGUUUUAGUAGGAGCUGUUCGUGAAUGUUUAUUUCUGGUCAUGUCACAGUGGUUUCUCUAGAAUGCAUGUGGAAUAGUUUACAUGACUCAUUUGCAUGUUAAAUAAUAACUCGCUGACAUACAAGAUGUGCACAAUUUGCAGUUAAGCCACUAGUUAUCACUCUUUAUUACUGGAUGUCAGAUUUAAUUUACAACACCAAGAAUUCUUAGAUUAUAUACAAACUACAUCCACACACUUUUCUAACAUGAACAAUAAUCUGAUCAGAACACGGCUGUACAUAGAAACUAAAUACAUCUCUACACACAGAAGUCUGAGUUGUGACUGAUCAUCUAUAUUAUGCUCAAAAUCAGUGUCAAAAGCCACUUUUCUGUACAGAUAUUGGACUGGAUUCCAUAUGUGACUGUGUUCUGAUUGAUUACACAGAACCCAUGGCAUCUCAAAAAU